AUGGAAAACAAAUAUUUUAGAGCUUCUAUCAAUUCUAUUCCAAAAGACCAGUCAAAGCUCAGAAAUUCCGCAAUACCUUUUUUUGUCAGCGUGGAAUUCCAAAAAGAAGGUCUUUCCGUUCCGAUAAUUCAAGACUCCCUCGUUCGUUGUGACAAGUGUAAAGCUUAUUUAAAUCCGUUCGUCGAAGUAAUAAAUCCUGGAUAUAAGUGGAAGUGCAAUCUCUGCGAUACUGUCAACGAAGUGUCCAUUCCCUUUCAGAUGAAGGAGCGAAAGACGUGUGAGAACAGUGCAGAUCCACUAGCUAAUUCAACCUUUAAUAAAACCUACUUUUUAAGAGAGGAGCUCUUAAACGAGACGUACGAGAUUGAGGCUCCAGACUCCUUCAAUGUUGCCACUCCAGAUCAGCCGAUUCUUUGCUUUCUGAUUGACAUUUCAGCCGAGGCCAUGAGCCUCAAUGUUCUAUCCAGUGUAUUGAACUGCAUUAAAGAGACUCUAAAGAAUAUUGACUACGAUAAGAGAACCAAGGCUUCGCUUAUGUUUUACAGUGAGUCCGUAUAUAUCUUAAAUAAUAACCAUGCUUUUACAAUUAUCAAUGGUGAUGUACCGUUAAUUCUUACCGAGAGAAUUCUAUUUACACUUGAAAAGGAAGGCGAAAAUUCGUUUUUUAAUAUCAAUUUUGAUAAAAUUGGAAGAUAUUUUGAAGCUAGGAGGUCUAAUUAUAUGAAUUAUCUUCUUGCCUUGAAGACAUGUGUCCAGGCGUUUAGAUCUGCCACUCUCUUCAGCUUUGUUUCUACAACACCCAAUUUUGAGGAGAGCAGAGUGGAGACGUCUGCCAGUCUCAUAUGUAAGAAUAGCAGCUACAAGGAUAUUGCAGAGUCUCUUGUAAGGAAGAAUAUUUGCUGCAACCUGUUCAUUAUGACAAGAAGUAGCGUUGAGCUUAGCUCCAUUAAAAUUCCUUCCCAGUACACCGGGGGACAGAUUCUCCAUUACUCUAACUAUGACGGAUGCGAUGCAUCUUCAACAUCAAAAUUCUACUGUGAUCUGUCGGAUUAUUUCAAUAGAGAGACUAACUUCGGAGCGGUGUGCCGCAUCAGAGCAAAUGAAGGCAUUGUUCUGAAAGGCGUCUAUGGAAAUUUCUAUCAGAAGGGCAGUGACUUGUUGUCGUAUUCGAAUUACAACCCCUGUCAUAACAUUAACUUCACUAUUCAGUUCUACAACGAUGUAAAAUCAGCCCUGUACAUCCAAAUAGCCAUGGCCAGAGUCGUUAAGAAUGGAAAUAAGCUGAUAAGAGUGAUGAAUAUCUGCAUCCCUAUUGGCAAUGUUUCCUUCUAUGAAACCUGCGAUGCAUAUUCCAUUGCACAUUGUAUGUGUCUUGAAUCAUUCUACUAUGAAAGCAAAAAAAAGCUAGGAGGUAAAGAGAAUUUAGAAAACAAACUAACUGAAAUAUGGAAAGAAAUAAAGACAAACUAUGGAAAAGUGCCUGAUUCCCUUUACAAUCUCCCAGUUUAUAUCUCCUCCCUUAUGAAAAGCGUGCCCUUUAGACCCGACAUAUCCACUCCCGCUGACUUCCGAGGAUACUACAUGUACAUGCUUUCUAACUACCAAAGUAAGAUUGUUGAUCUUAUGAUAUAUCCUCUUCUUUUGAAUAUUCUGACUGAGAAUGUAGCACCUCUUCCCCUCUCUCUCAGAUCCAUCGACCAAGCCGGACUGUACAUCCUUGAUACUGGUGUUAACAUAUUCUUCUACAUUGGAUCUAAGUGUGAUGGAUCUACUAUUGCAUCUCUCUUCGAUAAUCCUAACAGCGGCCCAUUCCUCUUCAAUCCACCUGAAAAUGAGUUUUCUAAGUAUGUGUCAGAGCUAGUUGUUUACCUGAUGGAGGGCAGAUCAAUAAAACCCAAGUUUGUGCUGGCGAAUGGCCAGGCCACAAGUGUAUAUAACGACAUAUUCUUCAGUUAUAUGUUUGAAGACUCGAUCUACCAGCUGCCUAGUGCAAUAGAGUUUAGAAAUUUCUUAGAAAACAAAAACAAAUAA